AUAUAAUUAAAAGACCACGUUUACCACAGGGCUUGUAAAUGCUACCAGCAAUUCUACAAAAUCUUGUAUUGCUACAAGUACAAGGGGAGCUAGCUGGAUACUAGCUGCUGAAUUUUGAAUUUAUGGUCCUAGUCUAAGCUGUGUGCAGGUGCAGCUUCUUUGAAUUCUCCGGAUGAACUGUUCACGGCUGUUAAGCACACCUGUCCCAAGCAACGAUUCCACUACCUGUUUUAUAAUUAACUAAACACUUCUACUUGUUACCAUGAUAACAUCGGGUGUAAUAGAGAUCAACUCAGUGGGCUCACAAGAAGACUCUCGUCCAAUCGAACUCCCCUCUUUGGGUACGGACAAUCACGGCUGUGGCUGGUCAUGUUGGUAUCUCUUAUCCUGGGUCAUCUCUCUCGUACUGUACACCAUUGAGUUCUUUGUGACCAUCUGGGUGGCGUACACCUAUGCGACUAGUGACAUGUAUAUUCCAUUUGGGAUCAGCCUGGCAUACCUGGCUAUACCGCAGGUGAUACUAGUGACCCUCUCCCUCACCUGGUACUAUAACCUGGACCGUUAUCAUCGGAAGAGACGAGACAAUGAUCCACACAAUAUGGAGUUUAUCGAGUAUAGAAAGAAGUUUAGUCUGGGUGCGAUUCUAUGUCAUGUGAUGCUACUGGGGAUGGUGUAUCGGUUUGCACAACUCGUUUAUCUGGUCAUGAUUCGAAAGACAAAGAACAUUCCGUAUUUACGUCGUGACACCACCCUCCUCCGACUCAUCCACACCCUACUAGUGUCCGCUCCUCUCUCAAUUCUCCAUCUAUAUGUGCUACUGCAAUACGUGUCAGAUUGUCUUGCACCUGAUACCACGUGCCAAAUCUUCAACUAUCCCUCCAUCUAUGCUGCUUUCGGCUCCAGUCUUGCAACGUUGCUCUACAGUGUGCUAGCGUUUGCAACCAACGAUCGAUUGUCGGGUAAGAAUCGACGAGUGAUUUUUCCAGCUCACCUGAUGCAGAUACUGUGGUACGUGUGUGUCCUUGUAUCAAGAAUGCUCGCAAUCACAUUGUUUGCAUACGCUUAUGACUACUACAUCUUUGCUUUCCUCGGAGGUCAUUGGUUGGUGAUGUUUUUGUUUCUACUGGUUCAAAAAACGACAUUUUGUGCUGACGUAAUUCGAGAAACAGACUCUAACGUAACAAUCAAAAGACGCUGGUGUUUGGAGAUUCCAUUCGAUUUUGUUGCAGCCACAAUGUAUAUUUUUGCCUUCUUUGGUUUCAGGAGAGGAAACACUCGAUACUGGGCAGCUUUCUAUCAUAUUCUCACAUAUGCUGAAAUAGCCACAAUGGGCGCUCUGUUCUUCAUCAAAUUCUCAAGUACAAAUCACUUGUUUGUAUUCUCACUGACUUCCCUCACAAUCUCCGCUGGACUUUACCCAGUGGGCCUUCUCUUCAUGUUAUCCUAUUACUUAUUCUUCCAUCCUAAAAAGACAGAGAACUGGUAUUGGAUGGGAUUCCCAAAGUCAGCAGCUGGCCCUCGCAGAGAGAGUAGAAAUAUCGGUAAUAGAGGAUUCAGAAAUCGAACCCCAGAAGGGAGGGUGGACAUUAGUGGACCCACAUUGGUGGCUCACAACGGCUUUAUCCCACGAACAAUGCUACCUGACGAUGUACCGAGUUCCCCCGGAGACGAGGGUAUGAUGAACACUAACCCUGCCGAUAUAAUUACCCAAUCACAGAGGAGUUCUGAACAGCGGGAGGAGUGGGUGGUCCCACGAUCAACUAGUACCGGCACAGGUCAUGAAUUUGUAAGCUCUCUCACAAUGGUUAGUCCAAACUCCGCCGGACAGUCAACCAUUGUUACUUCAGAUGCACCACUCUAUGUUGGCCACUCACUUGUCGGACCACCAUCUGAUUUCGAUACUGGCGUCAGUUCUGGAGUUUUGCACAUGCCUCAGGGCGAGAUCAAGGGUGAUACAGUUAUAGACACUCCGUUGUUUGGGAACACACCCGACCCCAUACAACAGUUAAGGUUAAAGGUGGAUACCAGCGAACCUGGAACUCUUCGCUCCCUCACAGACACUGUGGAUACAGGUAUUGACUUGGGAGCAGACACGCCCCUUACACAAGAUCCUCAAGAUAAUAACGACUUCAUAAACGGUGCUGAGUUUUAUGGCAAUAAAAAUCGUGUAGAUAUGAACCUAGGACUUGACAUCGAUCUGCCCCAAUUCAGUGACAUUCCUGCAAAGAGGAACAGUUUUCUGGCCAAAAAGAGCCCAUUAGAGACACACUAUUUUCCCAGCAGUGAAAGUCAUGAUAGUCUAACUCCCACGCUCCCUGCCCCCUCCUGGGGGUAUCGAUCUUCUGGCUCCAGCAAACCCCUUUUCGGUCAAAACAGCAGUGGGGAAUCUGGAGAAGUCUACCAAUCCAAAACGAAGAGCUCAGUCGCAUCUGGUGGUCAACACCAUGUACUGCCUCUGGCCGUGUCUACGCCUGAGAGAACCAGACGUACUGCACCCCGUUCUCCUAAGGGGGCUCGAGCAUUCACAAUUAGUUUGGGGGAGGAGAGAAAAUCGCCGGUCCUGACCAGGAAUCGUGCCACGUAUUCAAAUCACAAGACAGCUGAGCCUUAUCAACACCACCCCCCCACCAGACCGAGAGCUCCACGAUCACCAAAGGGGGCAAGACGAUUGCUAAUAACACAACCAACCACUACAAAACCGAGACCUGAUCCCAUCGAAUUAUCCACCAAUCGACAUUCAUUCGUGAAUCCAAAAUCUCCAGAGAGAUUACCUAGAAGUGUACUGAAUUAUCAGAGACAAUCUACAACAGGGAGUGUGAGCGCUAAAACACCAGAUGGACGACGCAGAAACAACGCAAAGCCUCAACUUGUCCAGAAAUCUCACAGUGUCCACGUUACCACGAGAUCCCCCGAGAGACAUUCCAGGGGUGCUACUGGUUACAGACCUGAGAACUCCCAGCAGAGACACUCGCAGUAUAUACAGCAGCAGCAGGAGCAACGUUCUCGAUGGGACAAGUGGGCGGCAGAACAGGAGGAGAAAAGGAGAAAAGCAAGCAGCGAGGUCAAGCCCAAAGUGGUGAUAACUCAGAGUCACCCCUCAAAACAGCAGACAGCAAAUAUUCCACGCAAUAUGUCCGUAGAAUUUGACCAUCUUGAGCCUUCAAACGAGCAGAACUCAACAGAUGGGGCCUCUUCUAUCGACCAAUCAGCGUCAGUGGUCCCCCAGGGAUAUCCCAGGGCACCGCAGGGAGCACGAGGCAGUGACGUACCGAGACUUGGUUGGUCCCCCUCUCGAAGCGAUAGAAUCUCAGCCUCACCACAGAGAAGCAUUCACAGUGCUAAUGCACCUUUGUUACCACAGAACUCUAGUAACUUGAGUGCCUCGUAUCAAGAUGGUCAUAGAAUGUCUUCACAUAUUUCAGGUGGAGAUUACAAUAAGUUUUAUGCCCCAACUCGUAGCAUGCAUCAGUCUGUUGUAUGAUGAUUGUGUGUGUUUGUACAGUCAUCGCUCAAUAAUUAAUUACUGUAUAUAUGUGUUCAAUAAAAACGUUUGAUGACAUGA